AUGAACGGAAAAAGAGCUUUGGACGAGAACCAAAAUGAGGGGGACUCGUCUCACCUCCCGAGGCGGCAGAAAACAAGGCACUACCUGGAAGACAGAGUUUAUGAAUCCGAAAAAGACUUAUCGGCUGUAGAGCGCGACCGUUACACUAUUGCCUGGGUCUGUGCCCUCUACACGGAGCUAGCGGCGGCUCAGGCCAUGCUGGACGAGAUUCACGAUGCUGUCGCGACCGACCCCAACGACAGCAACACAUACAUACUUGGAAGCAUUGGGCGGCAUAACGUUGUCAUUGCAUGCUUGCCAGACACGCAAUACGGAACUAACAACGCGGCGAAUGUAUUGACAAACCUAGUUCGAACUUUCAAAUUCAUUCGUUUGGGCUUGAUGGUGGGGAUUGGGGGCGGGGUACCAAGUACAGUAGACAUUCGACUAGGCGAUAUUGUCGUUGGAACUAGGGUGAUGCAGUAUGACUUGGGCAAAAUCGUUGAGGACGGAGAAAUUCAGCGGACGGCAAUAGCAAAGAUUCCUCAUUCAUCAGCCGGAACUGUUAUAUCCACUUUGAGAGCCAAACAUACUCUAGGCCAAAGCCGCAUCCCUUCUAUUUUACGGGAGAAACUGGGGGAGCACCCUAACUACGGCCGCCCGGACUUACCAGACCGUCUGUUUACCGCAAACUCUCAGCAUAUAUCUUCAACGGCUAGCUGUGACGAAUGUGACGAGUCGAAGCUAGUCACCCGAGUAGCACGGCUAGAUUUCAACCCUGUAGUUCAUUACGGUGUCAUUGCUUCCGGAAACAAAGUGAUAAAAAGCGGAACCAUACGAGACAACAUCGCAGGAGAACUAGACGCCAUUUGUUUUGAGAUGGAGGCGGCUGGGUUAAUGGAUAUCUUGCCCUGCCUCCCAAUCCGAGGUAUCUGCGACUAUUCAGAUGCCCAUAAAAAUAAAGGUUGGCAAACUUACGCCGCAGCGACGGCGGCAGCCUACGCAAGAGAGUUCCUGGAGGUACUCCCAGCUAUAGAAAUGCCGAAGAGAUUCUUAAGCGCUGUGAACAGUGACCAGGAUUUGUCGCACGAUCGUCGACAAGAGAUAUUGGAUUCACUCAAAUACGAUGAAAUCAACUCUAGAAAAACGGAUAUUAGAUCUGCUCACGACAAAACAUGUCGCUGGUUUUUGAAACAUCCAGACUAUAAAGACUGGCUCGAUCCAGCACGACAGUCAGAUCAUUGCGGCUUUCUAUGGAUCCGUGGUAAGCCAGGCGCUGGGAAGUCAACAAUCAUGAAGUUUAUCUACGGGAAGACAAGACAAGCGGCCCGCAAGGCAGUUGUCGCUUCUUUCUUCUUCCACGCUCGAGGAGGGAUAUUGGAAAAGUCCAUAUCGGGAAUGUAUCGAUCGUUGCUGUUGCAACUACUCGAGGGUUACCCCGAUCUUCAGACUGUCCUUGACGAUACCGAUCUUAUCCCAAAAAAUCAGAACGGAUGUCCUCCUUUGAAUGUGCUCAAGGACCUUUUUACGAAUGCAGUUUCUAGUCUUGGCGAGUGUCCGUUUACGUGCUUCAUCGAUGCCCUCGACGAGUGCGACGAACAAGAAGUCAGGACAAUGGUACAAGAUAUCGAAGAUCUGGCGGAAAGAUCUACAACAAUGGGCACCCCGCUUCGGAUUUGUUUUUCGAGUCGGCAUUAUCCAUACAUAGAUAUCGAUAGAGGAAUCAAACUCACUUUGGAAAGCCAGUCAGGACACUCUCAAGAUUUGGAAAGCUAUGUUAGAAACCGUCUUAGAAUGGGCAAGGGUGUGAUGGCUGAAGAACUACGCGCCCAAAUUCUCCAGAAAGCCGCUGGAGUUUUUCUAUGGGUAGUUCUAGUUGUCGAUAUCCUCAACAAGGAAAACUCACGAGGCCGACUCGCUAUACAAAAGCGACUUUCAGAACUUCCCGGUGACUUAAGCGCAUUGUUUAAGGAUAUGCUUAAGAGGGAUAGCGAAAAUAUGGAGGAGCUACUGCUCUGUAUCAUUUGGAUCUUGUACGCAAAACAGCCCUUGAGCCCUGGCGAGUACUACCACGCACUUUGGUCGGGGCUAUCUCUAAAGAACUUAGUCGACAAGGAUAUCCCGGUCGUUACCCUACCCGAUGCCAAAGAUAUUAUCAGCAAUUGUGUUACGAGUUCUUCGAAGGGACUUGCUGAAAUAACAAAAUCAAAUCGCCCGACUGUUCAAUUUAUCCACGAAUCCGUGAGAGAUUUUCUGAUCAAAGAUAGAGGCCUCCAGGAACUUUGGCCAGACCACAGUGCUGAUCUGGAAAGCCUAAGUCAUGAGAGGCUUAAAGAAUCCUGCAAUGCAUACAUGAGCCAUCGCUCGGCGGUUACAACAGAGAUAGAAAGGGAAAGCGCAACUCAUCCGAUAAAAAUUUCGAUCAACUACCCGUUUUUAGAGUAUGCUAGUCAGAAUAUACUAUUCCACGCUAAUAGUGCGGCAAGGGCCGUUCCUCAAGAUAAUUUUCUGCUGGCCUUUAAUUCCGCAGUCCCAGACUGGAUUGAUACCCUAAAUAUAUUCGAAAAGUUUAAAACCCGGCAAUACAAAAGAAGAACCGGUCUGCUUUACAUCCUUGCAGAGAAAAACUUGGCAAACCUCAUCCGAAUUCAUCCGGAUAGGUACUCCUGCUUCAAAGUGGAAAGGGAACGCUACGGGCCACCCCUCCUUGCCGCACUAGCUCUUGGAAGUCAUGAAGCAGUCCAAGUACUUUUAGAAGCCCAGGCGCAAGUUUCGUCGGGGUCAGAGCUCCACGAGCUGUGCCACCUAUACUCGCAACAGAAUCACGAACGAAUUGCCUUGGGUCGGAGUUUCGAGUUUUCAAGGAAGAAAGGAAUCUUCGCCCAUUUGCUGGAAACCGGUGAUGAGAUACUUCCCCUAUUUUCCAUCUACUCCGUUCAAAAAGGCCAGCCCGACCUUGAUAAUCGCCUUGGUUUAUCACCCCUGUCACAUGCAGCAAGAUUAGGGAACGAGAAAUGUGUUGGGUUACUACUCGAAAAAGAUGUCGAUACCAGUUGGAAGCCUGCUAAUGGCAUGUCGCCGCUACACCACGCUACCAGUCAAGACAACGAAGUAGUAUUCAGACUCUUGUAUGAGAAAAGCUCGGGAGUUCGCUUGCCUCAUUACGAUGAUGAUGGAGAUUAUAUAAUUCCCCCAGGGGGAUAUAACGCUAUUGACUCGAAGGACCACGAAGGUCGAACGCCGUUAUCGCAUGCAGUUAGCAACGGAAACGAAGCAAUAGUUCUAGCUUUGCUUGAGAGAAAUGUCAAUGUUGACUCUUUGGACAAUCAGAAAAUGACACCAUUAUCCCAUGCAGUAAAAGCGGGACAUGAAGUCGUGGUACGGUUACUGCUUGAAAAAAGUGCCAUUGUUGACUCUCCGGAUCAAUGGGGUAAGACGCCAUUAUUUUAUGCAGUAGAAGCGGGACAUGAAGCCGUCGUACGGUUAUUGCUUGAAAAAGGUGUCAAUAUUAACCAUGUUAGACCGGGAAUGGGAACGGCAUUACAUCAGGCCAUCGGUUCAAAGCAAGAACAAAUGGUACGAUUCCUACUCGAAAACAACAUUGAUAGCAGUAUAAGAAACACAUUUGGGAAUACAGCAUUACAUAGAGCAGCAAUUUUAGGAGACGAAGUAAUAUUCAAAUUGGUCCUAGAUAAAUCUGCCGAUGUAGAUCCCAGAGGCCAUCAUGGAUCCACGCCACUGUCGCUAGCAGCUAGCGAGGGUCAUUUGAAGAUAUUCCAGCAGCUACUAGCUACCGGGCGGGUUGAUGCGGAUCGAAAUGACAACAACGGAGAAACGCCACUAUUCAAAGCCGCCAAGGGAGGACAUCAGGAAUUAGUCAAGGUUUUAGUGUCGAUAAAUUAUGUCAACCCAAAUUUGCGAAACAACCGUGGGGAUACACCGCUUGCAGCAGCGUGCAGUGGCAACAACACUACGAGCGUUGUCCAGCAGCUCCUAGCCACAGAGCGCGUUGACCCAGAUUCAACAGACAACUUUCAAAAUACGCCCUUGUUAAAAGCAAGCAGAGAAGGUCGAGAGGCGAUUGUCCAACAAUUACUCGCUACCGGUCGAGUAAAUACAAACUCUAAGAACCGGGAUGGAAAUACACCAUUGAUGCUAGCGGUUAUAGGUGGCUAUCCAAAAGUCGUUGAGCAACUACUUGCUCCGAGCUCUGUAGAGGCAGACAGUCAAAAUAAUAAUAGCCAGACACCGCUGUUAUUAGCGGUCCUACAUGGGAACGAAACAAUAGUUAGGCAACUGCUUGGUACGGGGCGUGUUGAUACGGAAUCUGCAAGCAAUACGGGACGUACGCCAUUAUCUGUAGCCAUCGAACGAGAUGGGGGGUCGCCAACAGCAACGGUGAUUUUGCAGCUUCUCCGUGAUUACCGCCGAGAUAAAUAUUCACUUUAA